CUUGGCUUCGGAGCCCUCCUGGUCCCCGCUGAGCUUGGGAAGGGCUGCCUCAGUUUCCCCCGGGGGGUCCUGGGAUCUAAAUGGAAGAUGUAGGCUUGCUGGCCCCGUGUCACCCGGCCUUUCCCGCUCAGGGCCUGCCUGAGAGGGCGGCCACGUCUGCUCUCCAAGCCUGGUGAACUUUGAUAAGGGAGACGGUGGUCCAGGCUCCCCAGACGCCAAGGAGGGAGCAGCUGUCCAUCCUGGACCAGAGGCUGAGGGCGGAGCCCGGAGCAAGCCGUGGACAGGGCGACAGCAUGCGAUGUCUGGUGGUGACGGAGGUUGUGAGAUGUGUGCGCAGGACACCUUCCAGGCACAGCGGAGCCAGCUGGUGGGGCUGCUGGUCUCGGGAUCCCUGGAGGGCUUUGAGAGCGUCCUGGACUGGCUACUGUCCUGGGAAGUCCUGUCUUGGGAGGAAUACGAGGGCCUCAGCCUCCUGGGCCAGCCCCUCUCCCACUCGGCCAGGCGCCUCCUGGACACCGUGUGGAGUAAAGGUGCGUGGGGCUGCGAACAGCUCCUCGCGGCCGUGCAGGCGGUGCGGGCGGAGAGCCAGUCCCCUGCACCGGGCGGCCUCUGGGACCCCGACUCAGCCCAGCCGGCGCGGGACCUGCAGCGUCACCGGCCGGCCAUCGUCAGGAGACUCUACGGCCGCGUGGAGGGCGUGCUGGAUCUGGCGCAGGGGCAGGGUUUCAUCAGCCCCUACGAAUGUGACGAAAUCAGGCUGCCCGUCUUCACGUCAUCCCAGCGGGCGAGAAGGCUCCUCGAUCUGGCCAUGGUGAAGACCAACGGGCUGGCUGCCUUCCUUCUGCGGCACGCCCAGGACCUGCCCGUCCUGCCGGCCCCGUCCUUUGAAGACGCCGCGUGUAGGAAGUACAUGUCCAAGCUGAGGACCACGGUCUCUGCUCAGUCUCGCUUCCUGAGCACCUACGACGGGGCAGAGAAUCUUUGCCUGGAGGACGUGUACACGGAGAAUGUUCUGGAGAUCCGCACGGAGCUGGGCACGGCGGAGCCCUCGAAGCCAGGCCCUGCCACCCUGGGCCUGGAGGAGCUCUUCAGUGCCCGCGGCCACAACGAGGACGCGGACACCGUGCUGGUGGUGGGCGAGGCGGGCAGCGGCAAGAGCACGCUCCUGCAGCAGCUGCACCUGCUGUGGGCUGCGGGCCGGGGCUUCCAGGAGUUCCUCUUCGUCUUCCCGUUCAGCUGCCGGCAGCUGCAGUGCGUGGCCAGGCCCCUGUCCGUGCGGGCGCUGCUCUUUGAGCUCUGCUGCUGGCCUGACCGCGGCCGGCAGGAGGUCUUCCAGUUCCUCCUCGAGCACCCGGACCGCGUCCUCCUGACCUUCGACGGCUUCGACGAGUUCAGGUUCAGGUUCACGGAGCGCGAGCGGCACUGCUCUCCGACCGACCCCACGUCGCUCCAGAACCUGCUCUUCAACCUUCUGCAGGGCAACCUGCUCAAGAACGCCCGCAAGGUGCUGACCAGCCGCCCAGACGCGGUGUCGGCCUUGCUCCGGCGGUGCGUGCGCUCCGAGCUGCACCUCAGGGGCUUCUCGGAGGACGGCAUUGAGCGCUACCUGCGCAAGUGCCACCGGGAGCCGGGCGUGGCCGACCGCCUCGUCGGCCUGCUCAAGGCCACCUCGGCCCUGCACGGCCUGUGCCACCUCCCCGUCUUCGCGUGGAUGGUGUCCAAAUGCCACCAGGAGCUGUUGCUGCAGGGCGGGGGCCCCCCAAAGACCACCACAGACAUGUACCUGCUGAUCCUGCAGCACUUCCUGCUGCGUGCCUCCCGGCCAGACUCAGCCCCCCACGCCCCGGGACCCAGCCUGCUGGGAGGCAGGCUCCCCACCCUCCUGCACCUCGGCCACCUCGCUCUCUGGGGCCUGGGCACGAGCUGCUACGUGUUCUCCACCAAGCAGCUCCAGGCAGCCCACGUCGACGAGGAGGACAUUUCUCUAGGCUUCCUGGUGCGUGCCAAAAGGGCCGCGCCUGGGAGCACGCCCCCCCUGGAAUUCCUGCACAUCACUUUCCAGUGCUUUUUUGCUGCCUUAUACCUGGCACUCAGCGCCGAGGUGACAUCAUCCUCGCUCAGGCACCUCUUCAGUUGUCGGCGGACAGGGAGCUCGCCGCUGGCCAGGCUGCUGCCCACGCUGUGCGUGCCGGGCUUGCGGUGCCAGGAGGGCAGCCUGGAGGCGUUGCUGCAGGAGGCUGAGCCGCACAACCUGCAGAUCACGGCAGCCUUCCUGGCAGGGCUGCUGUCCCGGGAGCACCGGGGCCUGCUGCUCGAGUGCCAGGCGUCUGAGAAGGCCCUGCUGCGGCGCCAGGCCCGCGCCCGCUGCUGUCUGGCCCGCAGCCUCCAGAGGCAUUUCCACUCCAUCCCCCCAGCCCUGCCGGGUGAGGCCAAAAGCAUGCACGCCAUGCCGGGGUUCGUCUGGCUCAUCCGGAGCCUGCACGAGAUGCGGGAGGAGCGGCUGGCGCGGGAGGCCGUGCGCGGGCUCAAGGUCGGGCACCUCAAGCUGACCUUCUGCAGCGUGGGCCCUGCCGAGUGUGCCGCCCUGGCCUUCGUGCUUCGACAUCUCCGGCGGCCCGUGGCCUUGCAGCUGGACCACAACUCCGUGGGCGACAUCGGUGUGGAGCAGCUGCUGCCUUGCCUGCGUGUCUGCAAGGCUCUUUACCUGCGAGAUAAUAAUAUCUCCGACCGAGGCAUCUGCAAGCUGGUGGAACACGCCCUUCACUGUGAGGCGCUGCAGAAGCUGGCUUUAUUCAACAACAAGCUGACAGACGGCUGUGCACAGUCCAUGGCCAGGCUCCUGGAGUGCAGGCAGAACUUCCUGGCGUUGAGGCUGGGGAACAACCACAUCACCGCCGUGGGAGCCCAGGUGCUGGCCCAGGGUCUCAGGGCCAACACCUCCCUGCAGUUCCUGGGGUUCUGGGGCAACCAGGUGGGUGACAAGGGGGCCCAGGCCUUGGCGGAAGCCUUGGGGGAGCACCAGAGCUUGCGGUGGCUGAGCCUGGUGGGGAACAACAUCGGCCGUGUGGGCGCUCAGGCCUUAGCACUGAUGUUGGAAAAGAACAUGGCUCUGGAAGAACUCUGCCUGGAGGAGAACCAUCUCCAAGAUGAAGGUGUCUGUUCUCUCGCUGAAGGACUGAAGAGAAAUUCAGCUUUGAAAGUCCUCAAGCUGUCCAACAACUGCGUCACCUACGUGGGGGCAGAAGCCCUCCUGCAGGCCCUCGAAAGGAACGACACCAUCCUGGAAGUCUGGCUCCGAGGCAACGCUUUCUCUCCCGAGGAGACUGAGCAGCUCAGCCGCAGGGACGCCAGGCUCCUGCUGUGAUGUCACCGGGCCAGUGCUCAUCUCAGCGCGCGUGGAAGCCAGUUACUCUUCAGUGAACCCUUUGCAAUCAGCCCUUCCAAAUGCAACUUUGAAGAUCAGUCCGUGCCAGGAUUCAGAACGGCCCACCAGGUGUCCAGGUGAGGCCUGUGGGCUGAACUCUGACAACAGACUUCCAAAGUACGUUCCUCAGAGACGGUUCUGGCCGAUUGGGAUGGAAUGCUUCGAGAUUUAAAGUGGACCAGAAACUUCGAGAUUUAAAGUGGACCAGAAAUUUACAGGGGCGAAGUCAAAGGCCCCCCCUUACAGAGCAAACGCUUCUCAGAAUGAUGCCUUUGUGAAUGGUCAGGUGCUACGCAGGUGUUACUAUUUUUAACGUUAUUUGUGAAAACUGGCUACUAUUUAUAAAGCACUUUGUGUUAU